UCACAUCGAAGCAGGCGAUGCGCAGUUUACUAUCGUUGAAGUUUUCUAAAACAAUAUCAAUUUUUAAUUUAUUUUAUACACCAAAUUUACAUGAAUUACUCUAAAUUUUAAUGGACAAAAUCAGUCUCACAGACAUCAGACUACGAUUUUUCGGACCAACUCUGGACGAGAGCGUGCUAUACGGAAUCGAUUGUUUAAUGGAUAUCUUCACAGGGAAAACUAGCCAAUACAUGGAGGAGGAAUUCGAACUGGCGGCAAUCGAGAGGAGUGGUGCCAAAAAAGCACACAGUGAUUUACACCUGUACAAAUCCUGCCAUGAUGUAACUACAGAUGAAAACAUAUCCGGCACUGGUUCGGAAAAUGCUGCAACUCCGAGAUGCUCUCUUCAACCCGAUGAAAAUCACGACAAAAUUAAUGAAGCUGGUAGCUCCUCCGUAUCGUUUAAAAUGGACGCAACAAACGAAAUAAAUGAAAAAUUAAAAAUAAUUUCCUCGGAAUCGUCGCAGUAUAAAAACGCCGAAUGCGUCUUAGAUGACACAAUAUCGAAACGAAGUUCCGUCGAUUUAUCAGAGUGCAAGUGCUCAGACCAAGUGCUUAGAGUGCUAUCUGAAGCAAGAAAAUCAUCGAACUUAUCGACCGAUCAGACAUCUUCCAGAAGAUCAUCCAAAGACGCCAAAGAGUCUAGUAAGAAACGAAUUAUAGCGUCAACACCGUUACACAGAGAACCAUGGAAGCCAUCACGAACGAGUAAGCAAUCGUCGUCAUCGGACCAAAGCAGUAAACCAAAAACUUUUUCAAACAGUAAAACUAUUGAAAAGCUCAAGAGAGACUUGGCAAACAGCAACUUGAUGGCGAUCAAAACCAGUCAUUAUACUCCAAACAAUUCCCACCAGGACCAGUAUACAUCCAGAAAACGUUCUUCAUCCGUCAUUUCCAGGCCCAGUACCCUGCCCAAGCUGUUGGCCAAACCCCCGAGACGGAUUCUGACACGAUGGGCUGUCACCAGAGUGAUCGAGUAUGAUGAUGGAGCUAAAACGUUCGAAAUGUUUCCCCCGUGGCAGCAAAACCCGUUCGGAUUAGCAAACUUCAACGAUCUGCCUCCGGAGGUCAGUCCAGAAGUGGUUUUCGCCAAUCUUCCCGAUGGUUCCACGUGUUCCUAUCGGUUUGACAGUGCCAGAAAAUGAAAUAAAUGAAAAAUUAGAUUUAAUUCCGAAUCAAACAAGUCACAAGCACUGUUAAGGAAUUCCUAUUGCUCUAUUUCGAUAAAUCGAUAAAUCUAAAAGAA